AUGGUGGAAGAAGAUGAAUAUGAAUCAUUACCAAAUGUAUAUCCACUAUCAGUACACUUAUUUGCUGGAGCAAUGGCAGGAAUGGCAGAACAUUGUGUAAUGUUACCAUUAGAUUCUGUAAAAACUAGAUUACAAUCAUUAUGUCCUUGUCCAGAAGCUAAAUGUCCUACACCUAUACAUGGAGUUGCUUCAAUUAUAAAAAGAGAAGGUUGGCUACGACCAUUAAGAGGUGUCUCUGCUGUUGCAGCUGGAUCUAUUCCUGCUCAUGCUUUAUAUUUUAGUGUUUAUGAAAAAUCAAAACAUUUUUUUACACGAAUAACUAAUAAUAGUAACACUUUAAGUUAUGGAAUUUCUGCUGUUUUUGCUACAUUAAUUCACGAUGCUGUAAUGAAUCCUGCAGAAGUUGUCAAACAACGAUUACAGAUGAUUGGAAGUCCAUAUGGUGGUUCUUUAGAGUGUGUGCGGUGUAUUUAUAAAGCAGAAGGAUUAAAAGCAUUUUACAAAUCUUAUACAACACAAUUAAUUAUGAAUAUACCUUUUCAAACAGUUCAUUUUGUGGCAUAUGAAAAAUGUCAAUCUAUUCUUAAUAGAGAAAAAGUUUAUGAUCCAUUAUCGCACUCUGUAUCUGGUGCUAUUUCUGGUGGGUUAGCUGCUGCGAUAACAAAUCCAUUAGAUUGUAUAAAGACUGUUUUAAAUACACAACAACAUCCUGAAUGUCAAUUUAGAAAUGGAAAUGUACUACUGUUGAAGACUGGAGGUUAUAGAGGUAUAACGGAUGUAAUAAGUUCAAUAUUUUAUACUCGAGGAUUAGGUGGAUUUUUUAAUGGUUUUCAAGCUCGUGUAUUAUAUCAAAUGCCCGCAACAGCAUUAAGUUGGUCUGUCUACGAAUUAUUUAAAUAUUCAUUAGGAAAUAAGGAGUAA